AUGAGUGAGAAAGAAAAGACAGUUGAAGAGGUGAAACAACCAGAGAACGAAGAUAAGAAAGACGAAAAAGAAGUUCAAGAAACGAAAGAAAGUGAAGAUUUAGAAAACUCAACGAACUCAAAAGAAGACUCUGAGUUGACUGACUCUGAGAUAAGCGACUCUGAAGAAAGUGAGUCGGAGAAAAAAAGUGGGUUGGACAUAUUACUUGAUCCCAAUUUUGAUGAGUUGGACUAUGAAGACAGUGAGUUGGUGACGAUUUAUAAAAGUGCACUUCAUGAACAUAUUGUAAGUACACAAGAGUUGAAGGACGGACUCACUAAAAAGAUAGAAGACACGCAACAAACAGUGAAACAAUUACUACUCAAAGAACAACAAUACAAACAAAGUCUGACUUCUUCUGCUGCUUUAAUAAAAGAACUCAAAGAGAAUUUCACGAACUACGCAAAUAAAUACGUUGAAAUGACGGAAAACUACGAGAACGAACAAAAGGAACAUAAUAAGACCCUUUCGGAAUUACAUAACUUGGAAACUGCGACAAAGACGAUGAUUACCCCAAACAUGUCAAUGUUGGCUGCUCUUGAAAUUACAGUGAAGAAUGGCAAAAUAGAAGGAGUCGCUGUAAAAGAGAGUCUUGAUGCUGCACGAGACGACGCGAUGCUAAAGAUACAAAUCAUGACGAAGAAAAUUGAAGAAUUGCAAAGGCAAGUCACAUCUUCCAAAAUUGAAGUUGCGAAGACUGGGGAGGAGAUCGAGAAGUCAAAACAAAGUGCGCAAGACGCGCUUCGCAAGAACGAGGAGUUAACCAAAGAACUUGGGUUGACUGGGAUGCAAGUUAAAAUGAAAGACGAUGAAAUUGAGAAGUUAAAGAAGGCGGUCGACGAGCUUAAAAAUCGCGAGAGGGCAUUAGUCGAACAAAACGAACGAGUCAAAAAGGUGAUAACUAGUAAGAAUGAAAUCAUCAAAGCCACGAAAGGGAUGGACGGAGGGGGAUUGUCUUCUGCGGCGAUGUUAAUGAAACAGAAUCUGUUAAAGAAAGGGAAAGAAGAAGGAAAACAAUAUGCGCUUCCGGUCGUAAAGAUGAAUGAAAAGGCACUUCCAACAAGUGAAGAAAAGUGUGAAGAAAAGAAGAGUGAAAGUGUGAAAAAGGAAGAGAGUAAGUUGGCACGAAUCAAAAUGCCCGACUUUGGAAAGAAAAUAGACACAAAACUCGAAGAGAAUAAAGAAAAGAAGGAAACAACAAUGCCACAAAACAAAACCCCAAUGACUUUUGGCGAGUUGAUGAAAAUGGGACAAAUAGAAAAAUCAGCUCAAGUGAACUUGUUCCCACAACAACAAAUUCCUGCGCAACAACAAGAGGCAAAAAGUCCAUUUGGAUUCAGCUUUGGUAAUUUCCAGAGUAAACUUGACAGUCGACUGAAUGGAGAAAAGCCGGAAACCCGAAUGGAAAGACGGCGCAAGCGACACGAAUUCAGAAUGAAUCCAUUGUUGUCCAUUUUUGGUGUAACCGAACAAAAGACAAUUGCGAGUGUUGAUGGGAUCAUUGAUUUUGGAAUUUCACAGAAUGGGUUAAUAGUAGUUCGUUCGACAGGGAAUAGCGGAGAAGUCAAUUUGAUCUCAACACACAACUUUGAGUCAACAAAGUUGUACGAAAGAGAUGUGAGGAUGGGUUCACAAACAAGCAGUGGCUUCUGUUUAGUCAACAGCACCAGUGUCAUUCUGUAUGGAACGACUGAAAUGGAAUAUCCGAUGAGUAAUGUGUCUGCUGUUGGUGAGAGUGAUAAUGGAAUUGUGUUAAUUGACUACGAUGGAGGAGUGUGUGAGAUAGUAGAUGGAUGCUUUAAUUACAUCGACUCUGUGUCUUUCAGACCAUUUGGGAAUGUCUAUUAUGUGGAGAGAAGUUAUGAACGGAUGUAUCUCUUUGUUGAUAACAUGGGACAUCUUGCACUGUAUAAAAGAGGACUUUGUGCUGCGUCAAAUCCGAACACUACUGUUCUGGCGUUUUCUGUCUUGAACGACAAGGUGUUUGCUAUCAACAAGAAUAUGCCAAAUGAGAUUUGUGUGAUGGAGUUCAACACAUUGAAUGUGAUCAAUACUAUAAGUUUGGAACACCCCGUUUGGAAAUUGGUCUGUUUACCUGGACUAAUCGGAGCGAUUGGCGAAAAGGACGUGUACGUAUUUAACAACAAUUUCUCAAGGAAAUUGGAGUAUGAACGAAAAGAGGGAGACAAGAUGAUCGGCGUCGCUUUUGUGCAACGUAAUGGUCAAAUUCAAACGGUCGUUGCAACAACCACUGAAGUCAGACUUGCAGAUUCCAUGUGCUGCCAACACGAUUUCAUUGAUUUUAAAUCGUCUGGAAUGAUGACUACGAUCUGUUGUGUAUGUAAUAUGCCUUGCAGAAAAGGUAAGCGUUGCAAACAAUGUGGCACUGUAUUUCACCCCGAGUGUGGGUUGAAGUUUAAAGGACAAUUUUUGACCCAAUUUAGCCCAUGUUGGGGUGAAAAAGUCGAGUAA